AUGGCUCGCACAAAGCAAACAGCAAGAAAAUCCACCGGAGGAAAAGCCCCAAGGAAGCAACUAGCCACUAAGGCUGCUAGGAAAUCUGCUCCAGCCACCGGAGGGGUUAAGAAGCCUCACCGUUUCAGGCCAGGAACUGUGGCCUUGAGAGAAAUUAGGAAGUACCAGAAGAGCACCGAGCUGUUGAUAAGGAAACUGCCAUUUCAAAGGCUGGUGAGGGAAAUAGCACAAGAUUUUAAGACAGAUUUGAGAUUCCAAAGCAGUGCGGUAGCAGCUCUUCAAGAGGCCGCAGAGGCUUACCUUGUUGGGUUGUUUGAGGAUACCAACUUGUGUGCUAUUCAUGCUAAGAGGGUUACUAUCAUGCCUAAGGAUAUCCAGUUGUAUGGUUUUGAGGAUUACCAUGGGGUUGAUAUCGGUGUAUUCAGAGCAGUUCGUCUUUGGUAUGCACCUUUAUGUGGAGAAUUCGCAAUUGAGGUCAAAAUAGAAGAAGAUGACGCUAAGCUUGGAUUUGCCAUUAGCCACACAGAAGAGGGCUUUAUCUACAUUUCAUCAGUUAUGGAUGGGGAUGAAAACGUACCAUCAACAAGAAGGUUCUUCCUUGGAUGGUUUCGUUUACAGGAGCAGUCCGUUGCUUCAACACUGUCUCACUCAGCCAGAAACUUUCCUUACAUCGCCAUGCCAAGGUACCUACUCUCAUUCAUGUCUUCUUAUGGGACAGAACAGUACCUUCACCAAGUGCAGGCAAUGCUAGGAUUAGGUCUGUCUCCUCCGGUUAUGGCAUUGCCACCUGAAGUUCAAUUCGCACGUCAACCUAGUCAGAAUCAAAUACAGCCUCUGCCAGCUGAUUUGUCGAAUGAUGUAGUAGUGGGGAAUGAGGCAGAGAUUAGGCUUGAUCGAGACACUGCAGGGGAAGCAUCUUUUCUGUUCCAUGAUUUUUCACUUUCAAACAACUGGGUAUAA